AUCGCCGGAGAAGCAUGUUAGGUGGGUCUACGGUGCCGUUUCAUUCUGCUUCGCUGUACGUCGGUGAUCUCGCCACAGAUGCCUCUGAGGGACUGCUAUUCGAAAUAUUCAAUACAGUCGGUCCAGUUGCAUCGAUCCGCGUAUGCCGAGAUGCCGUGACGCGACGGAGCCUCGGUUAUGCCUAUGUCAACUUCCACAACGUCUCUGACGCGGAACGGGCGUUGGAUACAAUGAAUUACACAUUGAUUAAGUCAAAACCCUGCCGGAUCAUGUGGUCACAGCGGGACCCAACGUUGCGCAAGUCUGGUGUUGGCAAUGUCUUCGUCAAAAAUUUGGAUGCCUCCAUCGAUCACAAAGCUUUAUUUGAUACGUUCUCGCUCUUCGGUAACAUCCUUUCCUGUAAGGUGGCAACGGACGAGGCAGGACGUUCGCAGGGAUAUGGUUAUGUUCACUAUGAAUCAGAAGAUGCUGCAACAGACGCCAUAAACAAAAUAAAUUCGAUGACUAUCUGCGACAAGGAGGUAUAUGUCGGCCACUUUGUAAGACGCACAGAACGAUCCGGGCAAUCAGACUGGACAAACCUCUAUGUGAAGAACUUUCCUGCUGACUGGGAUGAAGAAACGCUUCGCAAGGCUUUCGAGACGUUCGGUGCCAUAACUUCAUGCAAGGCAGCGGCCGCUGCUGAUGGUUCUGCUUUUGGUUGGGUUAACUUCGAGGCUCAUGACGCUGCAGUUGCUGCCAUGGAUGCACUAAACGGUAUUGCAGAGCUUCCAGGACAGGCCGGUGGCGCACCGACGACCCUGAAAGCGCCGCUCUUUGUGGGGCGUGCCCAAAAGAAGAUUGAACGCGAGCGUGAGCUCAAAGCCAAGUUUGAUGCAGCAAAAAUCGAACGCAUCAAGAAAUAUCAAGGCGUGAACCUUUUCGUCAAGAACCUUGAUGAUGGACUGGAUGAUGAUCAAUUGCGAGAAAACUUUGCUGAAUAUGGUACCAUUACCUCUGCACGGGUCAUGCGCGAGCCAGCCACUGGUACCUCUCGUGGCUUUGGAUUUGUCUGUUUUUCUUCUCCUGAAGAAGCAGCCAAGGCUGUCACAGAGAUGAACAAUAAGCUUGUCCUUGGUAAGCCAAUUUUUGUUGCUCUUGCACAGCGAAAAGAGGUGCGUCGUGCACAGCUAGAAGCGCAACACGCACAGCGUCGCACAACAGCUCCUUAUGGAGCACAUCCUGGUGCUAUGGGCCCUGCCGGCGUGCCACCACACGCUCCUCAGGGUCUUCAUCCAGCACACCUCGGUGCACCAUACGGCACUGCUAUGCCUAUCAUGUAUGCAGCUGGAGCACCUAAUGGCCACCCCAUGGGCAUGACUCCCCAGGGUCAUCCUGGAGUGCCUAUCGCUGGUGUACCGCCAAAUGCUCGUGGCUAUGUCAUGGCCCGUGGUUCACCUCGCGGACCAAUGACGGACCCACGCGCUGGCUUCGGGCAUGGUGGUGCACCACGCCAAGGGGGCUACCCAAUGCACCCAGGGCAGAUGCAGCAAAUGAGUAGUCAGGGGGGGUCGAAUCGCCGUUCACGUAACCGUGGUGGUCAAGGCGGUCAGGGUCAGGGUGCGCAACAAUACAAGUACACCCAAAAUGCGCGCAAUGCUGCAAACAUGCCGCCUAGUAUUCCACAGCUUCCUCCACAGGCGCACCUUAUGCCUGCUACAGUCGGCCAGCAGCCUGGUCAGGGGUUCCCUGGUGGCCCUGGUGUCGCACCACCGAUGCCUCCCUUGCCCCUGCAGCAGCCGCCACCAGCAGGCGCAAAUCAACCACGUCGCACUCCUGAAGACCCGUAACGCUU